UUGGGGUGUUUUUUUUAAUAUAUAUAUAUAUAUAUAUACACCACGUUCUCCCCUCGAACCCCCUCCCCGCGUCCAAUGAAGGAGAGAAGACAAAGCCAGAAGCUGAACGGUAAAAACGCGAUGGCUAAUCAAACUGUCAAGUGCAAAAUAGUGGUGGUGGGGGACAGUCAGUGUGGGAAGACCGCUUUGCUCCACGUAUUCGCCAAGGACUGCUUCCCAGAGAGCUACGUGCCCACGGUUUUCGAAAAUUACACGGCGAGCUUUGAAAUUGAAACGCAAAGGAUAGAGUUGAGCCUCUGGGACACUUCAGGUUCUCCCUACUAUGACAACGUCCGGCCGCUUUCCUACCCGGAUUCUGACGCCGUGUUGAUUUGUUUCGAUAUCAGCCGGCCCGAGACCCUCGACAGUGUGCUUAAGAAGUGGAAAGGUGAGAUUCAGGAAUUCUGCCCUAACACAAAGACUCUCUUGGUUGGUUGCAAAUCUGAUCUACGCACAGACUUGACGACGCUUGUCGAAUUGUCCAAUCACCGGCAGACUCCAGUCUCCUAUGAUCAGGGCACCAGCAUGUCAAAGCAGAUCGGAGCAGCGACGUACAUCGAAUGUUCAUCUUUGUCGUCGGAGAACAGCGUGAGAGACAUUUUCCACGUGGCCACCCUGGCCUGCGUCAACAAACCGAACAAAAAUGUCAAGCGCAACCAGUCGAAGCGAGCCACGAAGAGGAUUUCGCACGUGCCCAGCAGACCGGAACUGUCCACCGUGUCCCCGGAUUUAAGAAAGGACAAGGCGCGGAGUUGCACCGUGAUGUGAGGAGAGCGCGGAGGCGGGAGGAGGAAGUUCAGACCGUGUUACAAUGUUGUGGCGGCUGUGGGCGGCUGACCCGUCUCUCACACACACACACAUACACACACACCACCCCCCCAAAAAAAAAACAACACACAGGAAAAGAGAAACUUAAAGGAGGGGAAAAACUUGAGUGCAGUGCGCACGCAGCAUCAAUUACAUAGCAAACAGCUCGGAUCAGCCUUUGAGAGAGAGAGAAAGAGAGAAAACAUAUCCUUCACCUUUGUGUGGGACUCGUGGGUGCAGCAACUGGAGUGAGUGGCCUCGAAAGGCAGCUGUGGGUGACUGAUGUCAGUGACACACGCACGCACGCGCACACGCGUGCGCGCGGGCGCACACACACGCGAGGAAAGCUCAUCUACGAAUCCUUGGAAGUCAUAAAGCGACGUCAAGUCACAAGAUUUAACACAGGCCUCGCCAGCGGAAGACAACAGCUUGUCGGAAGAGGGGAGGGGGGGGUUUGGGUGGGUUGAAAGAAUGUUUAAAACGACAAUAAUAAAGCAAAGGGGCAAUUAUACUUUGUUCUCAAGAAGUGUGCCGGAGUAAAGGAAGGGGGAAAUGGGGUGCUGUAUUUAUAUGGAGUUUUUUUUUGUGUGGUAGAGGAUAUUGGCUACACAACAUUGACUGACGAUAUAGUGAGCGCUGUAGUAGUUACACUUUGCCCAUCGCAUUGUCAUUGCAGAAGUGAAAUGGUCGCAGUGUUGCCCACACCACGUACACUGCUGGUUUUACUUCACUGAAACGAAGCUUCAAGACUGGUUGCAUCAUGAUGCUUUGGGUGACAUUAUAUAACGGCUGGCAAAAAAAAAAAAUAAAGCUUCUCUGUAUUAGUUAUCGUAAACUUUUAAAUUAUAAAAUGUUUCAAAAAAGCGUAGGGCGUCUUACAAUUUUUUUUGUUUGUUUGUUGAAGUUUGUAAGUCCGUUCUAAUGUUUUGGCAGUAUUUAUUGAAGUAUAGUUUUUUUUUCCUUGGAAGAAAAAUUGUAAUCCAGUGUUGUUGUAAAUUAUUGUAAUAAUUCUUUGUUUAAAAAACACCCAACUAGAAUUAUUCAAGGCGUUUAUAAUAAGCAGAUUAUUCUGUACCUGAUCACUAAACUGUAUUUUUAAUCUGAGCUUUAUUAAAGCUUAGAUCUAUUACAA